AUGAGCGCGAAUCCGUGGUCGGCUAUCACGGCCGGCGUCAGUUCGGGCUUGACCUUUGUCUUCAAGAUCUGCGAGGUCACCUACGCCCUGAGGGCCGUCGAUCAACAGACGAGAGAAUACCUCAUCACCGCCCAGCACGCCUGGACCAACAUCAAGACCUGCCGCGAGCUACUGAGCCACCAGCAAGAUCUGCUCCCGCUGUCAGAGCGCAGGGACUAUGAGCGCGUGUUGGAGGAGACAAAGAGGGCGGCCGAGGAGGUCGCUCUCCUCCUCGAGCCCGCCCGGGUCGACCAGGACGCCGACUGUCGCAUCCACUUCUCGACGCGGGUCAUGUGGGUGCUGAGCGACAACUCGAGCGUCACGGCCGCGUUGAAGCGGUUGAACAUUGUCCACACCACGCUCACCCAGAACAUCUCGACGCUGCGGCUUCUGCGGUCGUACGGCACGGCGGGGGGUGAUCCCGCCCGUGUCAGGAGAGACAGACCGCCCAGCUACAACACCAGCCAGCUGCUCCAGUGGAAGCACAUGAGCAGGUCGACCCCGAAGCCCAGCACCGACAACCUCCGCGCCCGUGCUCUGCGGGAACAGCCCCUUGCAGAGACCACGCCAAACUUCGAACCAACGACACCUACGACACUAUCACCACCUCUCCCAUCACCACAAUCACCACCACCGUCCGCACAGUCACAGUCACCACUUCCAACGAUGAGAGAACUCCCCUCAGAGAUGCCGGCCGACGUGCCCGCGCAGUUCUUCCGCAACGUCCCAAUCCAGCGGAGUCCGAUCAGCGAGCCCUGGCCGAGCCCCGUCCGCAGUGAAUCGAGCACUCUGGUCGAGGCCCCCUGUGGGGACGAACCAAUGGCGCCCUUGAGAGCGACGGCGUCAGCACCGGGUUCGGCGACAGGGACCGGGUCAAUAACCGGAUCCACACUGGGGACGGGCGAGUACCAGCCGAGAUCAUGGCUGGAGCACCAGGCCAUGAAGUCCAGCAUUCUCAGGGAGCGAAGGGCCAGGGUAGUAAACCGGGUCUGA